CUCCUUUUCUCAACACUACUUGCCAAGUUGCCAGCGUCGCUCGGAGUAGCCUCCAGAUAUUGAGGCGCAGUGUGAUCUCUGUUUUGCAGAGAUGAAGCAACUCUAUCACCACUGGCAAAAAUAAGCACGUCCUGCCAUGUCGUCUCAUUCGCCAGAGCCCGACCCGGCCAACUAUCCGAGAAGCCUCAUGUCAAAUCCAGAGCCAACUCCUGAUUCAAACACAACACUAGACCAGCGGUCUCGAUCAUACCACCAAGCCAUCACCGCCAUGUAUCAUCCUUUCAACCAGAGUUUGUGCAAAGAAUCAGAGGUGUCCGGCUUGAUUCGGAUGUCGAGUAAGCAUCUAAGACAUUCAAUAUUGCAUGGAGUCAAGCCACACAACGGUCUCGUCCUUUGUUGUCCUUUGGAAAACGGUUUGAUCACAUAUCUAUUCCUGAUCUUGCCUGUGAUCGCGAGGUUUUCGAGGCUUGGCACGGGGCUCAUGCUAUCGCGUUGCGAUGUGGAUUUGGUCGAUUUGACAUACUUCGAGAGUAUGUCCAAGCCUCAAAGUUCUGUCAAACCCUUUUGUGUGUCGGCAAGGGUUCGGUGCAGACCCUGGGUCAGGGCCUGGGGCAGCACAUCCUUGCAGGGGAGCUCUGCUGGUACGCAAUCCAAAACUUACACAAAUACAGGUCGUCGUCAACAACAAGCAUCUCAUGAAUCGAGAUGGCCAGUGUUCUAGAAAACUCCUGGAAGCCGC